CCAGGAUGUUUGAUGGAUGGUACCUUAAAGGUCGAUUCAGUGGCUUCAUGGUCCUGCUGCUUCUGACACACUGUCCCAAAGGUCAGGUGAUUGGUCCACUCCAGCCAAUAGUAGCAGAGGUUGGUGAUGACAUCAUUUUGCCAUGUGUCCUGGACCCUCCAGUGGAUGCUAUUUCUACAGCUGUUGAGUGGAUGAGACCUGACCUGACACCCAAGUAUGUACAUGUGUGGCGUGCUGGUCAGGACCUGCUGGACAAGCAAAACCCAUCCUACAAUGGAAGAACAUCAGUGUCCAUCAACAAACCAAAGCAUGGAGACAUUUUACUGAAACUCUCCAAAGUGAAGCUCUCUGAUAAGGGAACAUACAGAUGCUUCAUUCCCACAUUUAAUAGAGAGUCUACUGUUCACCUUGCUAUUCGUGAUAUAUCCUGGCCAGCCAUUACUUUAUCAUGGCAAGAACCAGGAAGACCACUGUUACAGUGUGAGUCUAAAGGCUGGCAUCCACAGCCUGAGGUCCUUUGGCUGGACGGUGAGGGAAACCUCCUCUCUGCUGAACCUACAGAGACAGUCAGAGGUCCUGAUGGUCUCUAUACUGUCAGCAGGAAAGUGACUGUGGAGAAGAGGCAUGGCAACAGAUUAACCUGUAGGGUCCAACAGAACAACAUCAACCAGACCAGAGAGACACACAUUAAUGUCCCAGUUGAUUUCUUUCUGGUCCAGGCUAAUUCUGCUGUUCGCGUCAUCAUCUGCUUUGCUGUCUGCUUCAUGUCUAUAGCUGCUGUUGUCUUUGUUAUGUGGAAAUGGGGACGAAAUAAUAAUACUGAACAUCAAAAAGGAUCACAACAUCAGCUUCUGAUGGAGGGACAAAGACAAGGAGAUCUAGCAGAAAAGCUUUUAAACAAAGCAAAACAAAAAAAAGGAUCACAACAUGGGAUCACACCAUUCCACGACGUAGAACUUCAUCUUCUGAUGGAGGGACAAAGACAAGGAGAUCCAACCGAGGCAGAAAAACUUCUUAAUAUGAAAAAAGAAAAACAUGAUGAAGCGUUAAAGAGCAAUGUGGAAGAAUUAAAUCAUGUGCAAAAUGUGAUUACAACACUGACGGAACAGAAGAAGGAUCUGAAGAAGCAGAGAGAGAAACUCACCUCACAACUGCAGGAAGUGAAGACAAAGCGAGAGGAGAGCAAGAAAAAGCUGAUAGAAGGAGCAAAACUGGACAAAGGCAAAAAAGAAAUGAGGCGUAAAAAGACCAAUGAGGAACUGGACCGGAGAAAGACAGAACUUGAGGAACUUUUACAGAACACAGAGAAACUACUGGAGACUACAGAGGAUUUGAUUAUUAGAAUGACAGAAAGGAAAGGAAAACUCGAGAACGACAGGGAACAAAUUGAAAAACAACUGAAAGCAACAGAGAUACAGAUAGAGGAAAUUCAGAGGGAACUUCAGUCAGAGUCAGAGGAAGCAGAGAAAAAAGAUGGUGAAUCAUCUAAAGGAGUUGAUUGA